AUGUCUGUAGAAAGGGGGAGAAACAGACGAAUUAAUAGAGAAAAUGGCAGGGGUUGUACAGAUGUUCUGUGCUGCAUGGUCUUCAUACUGUUCAUUACUGGCUACAUUAUUUUAGGACUUAUAGCCUGGGUACAUGGCGACCCCAGAAGAGUGGCUUACCCUACAGACAGCAAGGGCCACUUUUGUGGCCAGAAGGGCACCCCCAAUGAGAACAAGAGCAUUUUGUUUUAUUUUAACCUGUUAAGCUGUACCAGUCCCUCCGUGAUGAUAAACCUACAGUGCCCUACUACACAGAUCUGUGUCUCCAAGUGCCCAGAAAAAUUUUUAACCUAUUUAGAAAUACAACUUCCAUUCAAAAGAGACAAACACUCUUGGGAAUAUUAUAGCCAGUUCUGCAAGUCCCCUAUUUUUCAUUCUGCAAAGUCUCUCUCAGAAAUAGUAAUGGAUGAUGAAUGUCCAGCAGCGAUUUUCCCAAGCAAACCUUUUCUCCGGAGGUGUUUCCCUGACUUCUCUACUAAAAAUGGCACGUUAACAGUAGGAAAUAAGACCACGUUCGAAGAUGGGAAAGGGCAUAUAAGAAAUGCUGUAGAACUCAGGGCAGCUGCAAAAAAUAUCAAUAAAGUCCUCGAUGCAAAGGCAAUUGGAGUGAAAGUGUUUGAAGACUAUGCAACAAGUUGGUAUUGGAUUCUCAUUGGCCUGACAAUCGCCAUGCUCCUCAGUUGGCUGUUUCUACUACUCCUGAGGUUCAUAGCUGGAUUCCUCUUCUGGAUCUUCGUAUUGGGUGUGCUUGGAAUUAUAGGCUAUGGAAUAUGGCACUGUUACCAGCAAUACAGGAAUCUUCAGGAACGCCCCAAUUCUCACUUAACUAUAUAUGACCUCGGAAUUCAGACUGAUAUAAGCAUGUACUUACAACUGAAACAAACAUGGUUCGCAUUUAUGGUAAUCCUCAGCAUCCUCGAAGUGCUUGUCAUCCUCCUGCUGAUCUUCCUGAGAGACCGGAUCCGCAUCUCCAUCGCCCUCCUGAAGGAAGGGAGCAAAGCCAUUGGAUAUGUCCCUACUACAUUAAUUUAUCCAGUUUUUACUUUCUUUUUGCUCUCAAUCUGUAUUUGCUACUGGGCGGUGAUAGCAGUUUACUUGGCUACAUCAGGGACACCCAUAUACAAAGUCAUAACCCCAGAGGGGAAAUGUAAAUAUGAAAAUAGAACCUGUGACCCAGAUAUUUUUAACACAACGGAAAUGUCCAGAGCUUGCCCUGGUGCUCAGUGUAACUUUGCUUUCUAUGGUGGAAACAGCCUGUACUACCAGUACAUCUCUACCUUCCAGAUAUUCAAUCUAUUUAUCUUUCUCUGGCUGAUAAACUUUGUCAUUGCAUUGGGUCAGUGUGCCCUUGCUGGUGCCUUUGCUUCUUAUUACUGGGCCUUGAGAAAACCUGAUGACAUCCCACCAUAUCCACUUUUUACUGCGUUUGGACGAGCCAUACGAUAUCACACAGGAUCUCUAGCAUUUGGAUCCUUACUUCUUGCAUUAAUUCAAAUGUUUAGGAUAGCCCUAGAAUACUUGGACAAACGUAUUAAAGAUAACCAGAACAACAUUGCCAAAUUUCUACAACACUGCCUGAAAUGCUGUUUCUGGUGCUUGGAAAAAGUGGUGAAAUUUUUGAACAGAAAUGCCUAUGUUAUGAUUGCAAUAUAUGGCAAAAACUUCUGCAGGUCUGCAAAAGAUGCUUUCGAUCUGCUGAUAAGAAACAUUUUAAAAGUUGCAGUUUUGGAUAAAGUUACAGACUUUGUACUCGUCCUAGGGAAAAUACUAGUUUCUGGGUGUAUAGGUGUCCUGGCAUUUUUACUCUUCACACAGAGAAUCUCAAUAAUUAUAGAAGGACCAACAUCUUUAAAUUACUACUGGGUACCUUUGCUGACAAUCAUUGCUGGAUCUUACCUAGUUGCACACGGGUUCUUCAGCGUCUAUGCAAUGUGUAUUGAUACAAUUUUCAUCUGCUUCUUGGAAGAUUUAGAAAGAAACGAUGGUUCCACUGAAAAACCCUAUUACAUGAAUCGCUCUCUGAUGAAGAUUAUGAAGGUGAAAAGUACACAAAGUACGAAGCAGUAGAGGUGCAGACCGAUCACCUGCAGCGGUGUGUACCCCUUUCCUCAUCUGCUGUGUCUGAUUCACAAGCCUCUGUGUUUGGAACACUGUACUCACCACCUUGUUGGCUCUUAUAUGCAUGUUUUAUACCAAAGCUUAUACUGUAAUAUGUGAAGCCAUCAGAUGUCGCAAGGGAAUUGUUAAUAACAUGGAACAUUUUUAUACUGAGACCUUUUGUUUUGUAAUUCAUUUUUAAAUAGAGUGGCUUCGAUGUUUUCGAAAAUACUAGUGACUAUGUUAUAAUAUUCUUUUAAAUAUUAGAUUGAAAAAUGAUACAUGGUUUAAAUUGAGAGCUCCUAAUGUAUAUUUUUAAAAUCACAACUAAAAGACUUCUGCAGGGAAAAUUGGUAAACAAAGCAAAAUAGAAAAUUUUAAAGUUUUCCCCACUCCUGCUUGGCAGUAAAUGGGUAAAAGACCGCCCAGCUCCAGAUUUUGCUUGAAGUGUAGAAUGUUUCCUAUUAAACAAAUUGCCAACCAUCCAGCCUUUACUACUUCGUCCUCUCUGACAAAGUGCCUUACUGGCUGUUUAAUAUUACCCAGCUUUUGUGGGCAAGUUUACAAACAUUGUUUUUAAAAAAACAAAACACCUGCAAUGUUUAGUGAUUAAAACAAGUCUUCUUGCAUUUGUUUUCCUCUUAGCUCACUGGUUGGAAACCAUUUGUCAUUUCAGUGUGUUUAAUAUCCUCGCUCUACAGAGUGCAUUGCAGCAUAAACAGAUCCCUUUGCGCCUAGUGGACAUUCAUGAAUGUGUACACGCAAGAAAAAAAUCUGAAAUCUGAAAGGACACUUGUUGUGUUUCUUUUUUUACUAAAAGUGAGAAGUUUUAAAAUGUGAUCUUUUCUAUAGUAGAUCUUUGAAAAUACAAUAGGUAUAACAAUACAUUUCUCAGUGUUUUACACAGACUAAAAAGGGAAACUUUGAGAAAUUAUAAAGGAAAACUUUACCCCAAGAAAGGGUGCUACUAGAUGUCAUGUAUUGAAUAGUUCCUUUAUAAAUGAUUGUUUAUUAUCGUCAAGGAGUGUUCUAUGUAUGUUAUUUUAUUUUUAAACUUUUGAUAUGAAAUAAUCAGUUUACUUGUAAGAUAUUCAUUUUUAUUGUGCUAAUGUAAAUAGGAGCAUACUUUCUAAUUCAAUUUUAAAUGACUUUCCUAGUACUCUUAACUUGAAACAAAAUGAAUGCUGUUUGUUAUAGAGAGUCCAUAAAGCAUUCACUGUAAAGCAAUGUCAGUCUCACAUGAUAAUUUGUGAAAGUUUUGAGAAUCAACAGUAAGUUACUAUCAGUUUAUCUAUGAUCACAGGUGUUUAAAUGUGACUUUAGAUAAUCUUUUAUGCCAAAAACAAACUCACAUGAGCAUGUGACAGUCUGAGCUCUUUAAUCAAUGGGUUUCUGCUAUGCAGAAAUAUUAGGUCCAUGUUGUCUAAAUACCUUUGAUAAGGAAAAUAUUUAAUAUUUAAUGAAAUUUGUU